AUGUCAGCACCGCCGGUAGAUUACUACGCCGCUUUGGAGGUCGACUCCAAGGCAACACAGGAGCAAAUCCGCACCGCCUACAAGAAGCAAGCGCUCAAGCACCACCCUGACCGUGUGCCCGCCGACUCGCCCGAACGUACAGCCCGCACCAGGAAGUUCCAGCAGAUCAACGAUGCCUACUACACUCUCUCAGACCCUACAAGACGAAGAGAUUACGAUGCCACAAGACGCUACCAUGGCUUUGGCUCUGGAUUUAGCUCCGGUUUCGGAUCCAGCUCAAACACACCUCCAGGUGGCUAUGGAGAUCCCGAAGAGGAGGUUCCGCGACCCGAGCCUGGUAACCAGCAAGGAGGCGGCUUCAGCUUCCCGUGGAGCGCAUUCGGCUUCGGAGGACAGGCAAAGACUGAAGAAGAUGCAAACAAGUUUAGCAGUGAACAGUUCGGCAACGUCUUCGAGGAGAUGCUCAGGGAGCAAGGCAUGGCCGAGGGCCAGAACAACUCACCUACAGGCAAGUUCUGGUCCAUGAUCGGCGCAGUCAGUGGAGGUGCAAUGGGCUUCAUCAUCGCCAACGUGCCAGGUGCCAUUGCCGGCACCGUGGCUGGCAACAGACUUGGUGCUGUCAGGGACAAUAGGGGUAAGAGUGUUUACUCAGUCUACCAAGAAUUGGACCAACCAGCAAAGAUGCGCCUGCUCAGCGAGUUGGCGAGCAAGGUGUUCGCCCACGCCAUCAGCUGA